AAUGUGGUUGGGAAGACACUAUGCUCUUCAUCUUCGUCUUCUUCCCAAUUCGCACUUCAACAAUUCCAUUUCCUUCUUAUGUUCGCAAUCACUCACACUAUGCGAAGCAAAUCUCCAACAACAGAAACGUCUUCAAAAGGUUCAAAAGCUUCAGACAUUACUAAGCAGGGGUCACACAAUAACCGCUCGAAGGUUCCUCAAAUCCCUUCUUCUCUCCAAAACCCUCUUCUCUUCUCUCUCUCAAUUUCACGCGCUCGUCUCCAAACCCUUAUUUUCCGACACCCUCUUAUGGCUUUGCUCCGUUUCCAAAAUGCUCAACGAAGCUACCGAGCUUUACUCUUCCAUGCGAAAAGAUGGUUUUCUCCCUUCCACGCGCUCUAUCAACCGUUUGCUACGAACUCUGGUCGCUUCCCGACACUUCGAGAAAACCCUCACUCUCUUCGCUGACGUUGUGGAUUCCGGUGUUCGACUCGAUUCUGUCUCUUACGGCAAAGCUGUUCAGGCUGCGGUGAUGUUGAAGGACCUUGAUAAGGGUUUUGAGUUGAUGAGUUCCAUGGAAAAAGAAGGGAUGUGUCCCUCUGUUUUCGUGUAUAACUUGGUGUUGGGUGGGUUGUGUAAAGUGAGAAGGAUCAGGGAUGCUCGGAACCUGUUCGAUGAAAUGAUUCAGAGAAACCGGGUUCCCAAUACGGUUACGUAUAAUACGCUUAUUGAUGGGUAUUGUAAGGUGGGUGACAUAGGGGAAGCUUUUCGCUUUAAGGAGAGGAUGAAGGAACAAAAUGUGGAGCCUAAUGUUAUCACCUACAAUUGCUUGUUAAAUGGUCUCUGUGGUUCAGGGAGGGUGGAAGAUGCGAAGAAGAUUUUGCUGGAGAUGGAGGGGAAUGGUUUUUUGCCUGGUGGGUUUUUGAGUGUUGUGUUUGAUGAUCAUUCAAAGUGUGCAAGUGAUAAUGGAUCGGUGGAUAGACAAGGAAUGAGGAUUGACGAGCGUACCUAUUGUAUUUUGUUGAAUGGACUUUGCAGGGUUGGAAGGGUUGAAAAGGCCAAGGAGGUUUUAGCCAAGUUAGUGGAUAAUGGAGUAAGUCCAAGCAAGAUUUCAUAUAACAUAUUGGUGAAUGCGUAUUGCCAAGAGGGUGACAUGGAGAAAGCUAUACAGACAACUGAACUAAUGGAAGAACGAGGGUUGAAGCCUAGUAGUGUCACCUUUAAUACCCUUAUUAACAAACUCUGUGAAACUGGGGAGGUGGACCAGGUAGAGACAUGGGUUAAGAAGAUGAUUGAGAAGGGUGUUUCCCCCACUGUGGAGACUUAUAACACGUUGAUUGAUUGUUAUGGCCGGAUUCGCCAUUUUGUUAGGUGUUUUGAGAUUCUUGAGGAGAUGGAGAAGACUGGGAUACAGCCUAAUGUCAUAAGUUAUGGUUCUCUAAUAAAUUGUCUGUGCAAAGAUUGUAAGCUUCUUGAUGCUGAGAUUGUGCUUGUGGAUAUGAUAGGUCGUGGGGUUUCUCCAAAUGCAGAAAUAUAUAAUAUGCUCAUCGAAGCUAGUUGCUCAUUGAGUAAAAUGAAAGAUGCCUUCAGAUUUUUUGAUGAAAUGAUAAAAAAUGGAAUAGAUGCAACUCUUGUGACGUACAAUACGCUGAUAAAUGGACUGGGAAGAAAUGGGAGGGUAAAGGAAGCUGAGGAUUUGUUUCUCCAAAUGACUGACAAGGGAUAUAAUCCAGAUGUAAUAACAUACAAUUCCCUGAUCUCAGGAUAUGCUCAGUCAGGUGACACCCAGAAAUGCCUUGAAUUGUAUGACAAUAUGAAGACACUAGGCGUAAAACCUACAAUUGGAACUUUUCACCCUUUGAUCUAUGCAUGCAGGAAGGAAGGUGUGGUGACAAUGGAGAGAAUGUUUCAAGAAAUGUUACAAAUGGAUUUGGUUCCCAAUCGAGUUGUAUAUAAUGAAAUGAUUUACUGUUAUGCGGAAGAUGGAAAUGUUCAGAAGGCAAUGUCCUUGCACCAACAGAUGGUUGAUCAGGGAGUUGACUCUGACAAGGUGACUUACAACUGCUUGAUUCUAGCAUACCUUAGAGAAAGACGCGUUUCAGAACUAAAGCAUCUUGUCGAUGAUAUGAAGGCUAAAGGACUGGUUCCAAAAGUUGAUACGUAUAACAUACUGGUUAAGGGACAUUGCGACUUAAAAGAUUUCAGUGGUGCAUAUUUCUGGUAUCGGGAAAUGUUUGACAGGGGUUUUGUUUUGAAUGCCCGCAUCUGCUACCAGCUGAUAUCCGGGCUAAAAGAGGAGGGAAUGCUGCGAGAGGCCCAAAUUGUAUCCACAGAAAUGAGUAACACUGAACUAAACAACUAGAGGACUGACAAGGCCAUUGCCCCAGUGUCCAAUGAACGUGAUUGGAAAAGAAAGACAAGUGCCAGAUAUGAUAGGGUCUGUAGUCCGCAUGUUCUACCUUUUCAAAAAUUACCUUUGGAAGAGCGAUGAGGUCAGAGACCCAGGGCAGAGAAGUUAAAUAACCACAACCUCAAAAUGGGUACUUUGCAACUUCCAAGAUCUCAAUGGAGCGUAUUUUUUGGUGCAGGGACAUGUUUGAGGGUGGUUUUCAUCAAUAUCAACUUCAAAGAAAAAUCGUAGGUCUUCAUCAGUUCUGCUUACAAUAUCAAUUCCAAAGAAAUAUCGUUGGUCUUCAUCACUAGAUUAAGGACCGUGCAUUUGCUAGCUGGAUGUCAUUGUUGAUGGUUGGUUGUGAGGCCGAAAUUCUACCAGGAUUUGCCAAAAAGGAACAAAUACUAAUAAAUUUUCAGCACACACACUUAGCCGUCUGUCGCAAUCGUGCCCGAAUAUGACGAGGAUUAAAAGAAAAUGCCACCAAAGAGAAUAACCAAUGCUUGUGUUUCACAUAUUCUUUUGCGUUGUGAAAUGGCGUACAAUUUUGUAGGGAUUAUUACCAUAGGAACCGUUGAACUGCGCACAACUUGAGCUUGAAUAGGUAGACCUGACUGACUCAUUACAUAAAUUGACUGUGUUAAAGUAGAUUUCAAUAGGCAAGAUUAACUAAAAGGGUUGUGAACCUGAUGGUUGCUGGAGGUUAGGCUGUCUUGUAAACAUUAUUUAAUUGGAUUUUGAUUAGACAACCUUGUUGUACGCAUUGGAAGGGAACAAAUCUGUUCCUUUCUGACGUUAAGAUUUUUUUUUCGUCCAUCCAUUUUUACAUGUUAGUAUUUAGUU